CCUCCCAAGCUUCCUUUUAUUUAUCUUCCUAGCAUUUGCCAAUCGUUGUGGUUUCUUUUUUCUUUUGUCGCAUUAAAAGGUCUCUCUCUCUCUCUCUGCUUCACUUGCCUUCCCAGACCUCUCAGGAAAUUUCAGAUUAAUGGAAUCCUCUUCUUGGCCUGAAAACUUACCCACUGAUCGGAAAAAGGCAGUUGAAAAAUUGAUCAGAGGCCGCGAAUUCGCUAACCAACUUCGAGACAUGCUUACUAAACCGUUCCAAGAAGAAGCCGAUGGAUCAUCGGUGUCUGACGCCGGGGAACUUAUCGUGAAAAUCAUGGGGUCAUUCACUGACACUCUUUCAAUAUUGACUUGUACCGAGUCCGAUGAGGUUUCUCAACUUCCGCCCAAUAAUAACCACCCUUCUUGGGAUGCCCUCAAGUCUGAAGAUUCCAGCGAGAGUUGCAAGACGUCCGCCACAAAAGAUCGGAGAGGAUGCUACAAGAGGAGGAAGACUUCAAAAACAUGGACAAAAUUUAGCCCUACUUUGAUUGACGAUGGACAUGCAUGGAGAAAGUAUGGACAAAAAAUGAUCCUCAAUGCCAAACACCCAAGGAACUACUUUAGGUGCACUCACAGGUUCGAUCAAGGGUGCCAAGCCACCAAACAGGUGCAAAUAACUGAAGAUGAACCAGCGAUGCAUCGGACCACGUACCACGGUGAUCACACAUGCCACAAUCUGCUCAAAGCUCCUCAAAUCAUCUUCGAUUCUACUACUACCGCUAGGGAUUCUUCAAUCCUCCUUAACUUCGAAUCAAAUAACCCAUUUGACUACAAACCCAAUGACCCAUUUACUCCAUUCCUCCUCGCCUCUUCGAUCAAACAGGAACAACAACUUAAGGAAGGGGGAACUCCAAGUAUACUUCACAACCACCACCAACAACCAUCAUCAUCGUCUGAAUAUUUUCUGUCGCCUGAACUGACGGCAUUCGAAGCGUCUGGCCCCCCCAUGACUACCCUCUCAGCUGGAUCGACUGAUCAUGGAGAUGUGAUUUCUUCUGGGGUGUACUCAUGUACAACGAGCACUCCUAGUACUUUUGAGAUGGAUAUGAUGGUGGGAUCUGUUGAUUUUGAUGAUGUGUUGACAAAUUUUGAAGGGUACUAGUUUUUCGGUCUUAUUUCUUUGAUGUAAAAAGGAUGUAUUAACAGAAUAGUGAACUAUUCGGUAGCUGUUUUCUUUUUCUUUUUUUUUUUAGUGUGAAAGGCAAUGUAAUUUUAUCUUCUUCUUCUUGUAUCCGGGCUUGGAACAUAAGUAAAUUAUAUAGUUUUAAGUACAAAUAAUUGGUUAAAAC